AUGAUAGAUUUAUUUUUAAGCAAACGAGUAAUGGCACAAACUAUUGAAUCAACGGUUCAAGCUAAUACCUCUGAAAUAUUGAGAAAAAACAAGGGUAGAAAGAGUUCAAAAGUAAACAACAGCGAUAUAGGCCCUAUCCUAGAGACCUUGGGAGACGAUAUAACAAUAGCAUCAGAAAUAGAAAACGUGAAUAAAAAAAGAAACGGCCUAGUGACUGGAGCAAAAAAGAUUCCAUUUAUGGAUAACCGCGGUGAUUUUUCAACUAAUUUCCCUGACAGACAGUUUACUCCAAAUGUUUAUGUUGAAAAUCGAAGUGGCUUUCGUUCUCAUCCACUUAAAGAUUAUGAGAAAAAUAUGCCUAUGAAACGAAAUGAAGAAUCUACAAUUAAAAGAAGACUAAAUGACAAACAAGAACUGAUGUAUACGCAUAACAAUCCAGGAUUACAUUUUGUUAUCAGCAUACAUGAAACACUACAAAUUUUGACAUUUACGUUAUUUGGCUUAUUGGCUGGUGCAAGUUUAGUGCAUACACUAUUCGUACAAUCAUUAAUUAAUCCAAGACAAAUUAAAAAUGAUGGUUCUUGGAAUUACAAUUACGGAGAUGGUUAUUUACCAUUAUUAAAAUAUUAUGGAGUUUAUGCACGUCCAAUCUCUAUUACAUUUUAUAUAUCAUUAGUUUUGAUAGGUGUUUUUGUAUUCGGAAAAUUUGAUUUAGGAAGGCCAACAACAAAUUGUAUUCGGAAAUGUGUUAAACUUCAGAAUGGACUAAUGGCUAUCAUAUUUUAUAUGAUCGCUUUCGUAAUACACAAUUCGAUGGGUUGGUUUGAUUAUAUAUUUCAUGUGAAUAGUUAUAAAUCUGAAGAUGAAAUAAGAUACCUAUUGAGUACACAAAUUGAUUUAAAUAAUUUUCUUAAAAUAUGGCAAAUACUUGAUGCUUGUCGUACUGCAUUCAUAUUAAUAACAUGGAUAUCAGUUGCACUAGGUGAUUCAAUUCAUGACAGGUUAACUACAACGUUGAAUAUUAAUCCUAUGAAAAUCGGAGAUGGUAGUGGAAACAAUAUCCAGCCGAAUUAA